AUGCGGCCCGCGCUCGCGGCGCUCGCGGCCUGCUGCGUGGUGGCGCGCGCCGAGCUGCCUAACGCUCGCUUGGCCGUGCGCAACACCACCAUCCACCACGUGCUGCAAUGCUCGGAUGGACUCGUUCUCCCAGCAUGGCGCCCCCUUGAAGAUGUCCCUAACCUUGAAAUCGCUUUCCGUGGCUUCAUUUACUUCCUGGUUCUUAUGUACCUCUUUAUUGGUGUAUCCAUCGUUUCCGACAGAUUUAUGGCAGCCAUUGAGGUUAUUACAUCCAGAGAAAAAGAGGUGCGCGUGCGACGAAAUGGCGCAGAGCAAAUUGUUGUCGUUCGAGUAUGGAAUGAGACGGUUGCGAAUUUAACAUUAAUGGCUUUAGGAUCAAGUGCACCUGAAAUAUUACUCUCAGUCAUAGAAAUUGCUGGAAAGAAUUUUGAAGCUGGAGAUCUCGGGCCGGGUACCAUUGUAGGAUCAGCUGCUUACAAUUUGUUUGUGAUUAUAGCUAUUUGUGUUAUGGUGAUACCAGAUGGAGAAGUACGGAAAAUAAAGCAUUUGAGAGUCUUUCUUGUCACAGCUACUUGGUCAAUAUUUGCGUAUGUGUGGCUUUAUCUUAUUUUAGCAGUAAUAUCACCUAGUGAAGUUGAAGUUUGGGAAGGAGCUGUUACAUUUUUAUUUUUUCCUGCUACAGUUAUGACUGCAUAUAUAGCAGAUCGAAGGCUUUUGGUUUACAAAUAUCUUAAAAAAGGUUAUCGUGUAAAUGAAAGGGGGGUUAUUGUAGAGGUAGAAGGCGAUGGCUCCGUUGAAAUGGCUUUAAAGCCGAAUGAUGAUGGCACUGAAGAUGAUGAAUUGGAAAAAUCACGAAGAGAAUAUAUACAGGUCUUACGUGAGCUAAGGAGACAAAAUCCCGAGGAAGACCUAGAAACUGUUGAGAGAAUGGCUUUAGAGACUUUGAUGGCACGUGGACCGAAAUCUCGCGCAUUUUAUCGAGUAUCAGCAACACGCAUGAUGACAGGUGGCGGAGACUUUUCUCGAAAAAUAUCUGAGAGGGCCCAAAGUGACUUAAGCGAAGUUAAAGCAGAAUUACAACGGCGAGAAUCAACAUCUGCUGGACCUGAGAUUAAAGGACCAAAUGUUCGUUUUGAUCCUGAUCAUUAUACUGUUAUGGAAAAUUGCGGUUCAUUUGAAGUGAGAGUGGUAAGAAAAGGCGAUUUAAAUGGAGAGGUCACUGUACAAUUCUGUACCGAAGAUGGGACUGCUGAGGCCGGAUCAGAUUAUAUAGCAACACAGGGGAGUCUCGUUUUCGGUCCUGGUGAGGCAGAGAAAACAUUUAGCGUACAAGUAAUUGAUGACGAUGUAUUUGAAGAAGACGAACAUUUUACUGUUCGUUUAAGUUCUGCCAAAGGCGCUUGUUUGGCCUCACCAUCCACCGCCACUGUCGUAAUUUUAGAUGACGAUCAUUCGGGUGUGUUCUCAUUCCCCCAAAGGGAUUUCGAGUUGACGGAAUCAGUAGGAACAUAUGAAUUGAAAGUGGUAAGGACGGCAGGUGCUCGAGGGAAGGUACGAAUACCAUAUUGGACCGAAGAUGGAACAGCGAAGAGUGGUGCACAAUUUGAAGCAGUACAAGAUCACAUUCUCUUCGAGAACAACGAAACUGAGAAAUUUAUUCCACUCCAUAUAAUAGAAGAGGAUAGUUACGAGAAAGACGUCUUGUUUUACGUCAACCUUGGAAAUCCGGAGUCCGUGGGGGAUAACAAUCGACCGAUUAUACCUGGUAAUGAAGCUGUUCACCUGACAACCCUGCCGGAGGACGAGGCUGUGGUAGCCAUGAUGGGCUACCCCCGAGCUGGUGAGAUCACACGCGCACAGCUCAGGAUAAAAGAAAGCAAAGAAUUUAAGAACACAGUAGAUAAGUUAGUGCAAAGAGCGAAUGCAUCGAUCAUAAUUGGAACGUCUUCGUGGAAGGAACAAUUCUCGGAAGCCUUGACAGCUAGCUCAGAUAAUCCCGACGAACCUCCCUCAACAUUUGACUACAUACUACACGUGUUUACGCUCUUCUGGAAGAUUAUAUUCGCAUUCGUACCGCCCACAGAUAUGACAAAACUUCACAAUUUUAUGUCUAACGCUGUACUUAAUGUUGCUAACAUGUUUUUUAAUAAUUCAGACAUCGGCGGAGGUUACGUCUGCUUCGUAGUGUCAAUUAUAUGUAUCGGAGUGGUCACAGCAGUGAUCGGUGAUGUUGCUUCACACUUUGGCUGUACUCUUGGCAUCAAGGAUUCGGUCACAGCCAUCCUAUUCGUAGCUCUAGGAACAAGUAUUCCAGAUACCUUUGCGAGUAAAGUAGCCGCCAUUCAAGAUAAAACCGCGGACGCGUCUGUUGGUAAUGUCACUGGUUCGAACGCAGUUAACGUUUUCUUGGGAAUUGGAGUUGCAUGGACCGUAGCUGCUGUGGUCCAUUGGAGUAAAAAUGAAAAAUUCAUUGUAGAUCCCGGGAAUCUAGCCUUCAGUGUCACCAUGUUCUGCUCGGAAGCAGCGCUUGCUGUUCUGGUAUUGGUUUUGCGGAGAAGAAAAUCAAUUGGCGGGGAAUUGGGUGGUCCAAAAAUUACCAAAGUUAUAACAUCUAUGUUCUUUUUCUCCUUGUGGUUCACGUAUCUUACAAUGUCAACCCUUGAAGCUUAUGGCUAUAUCAAAGGAUUCUAG